ACCUCAACUACUGUGGCAACCACCAGCCGUGCCGCAAUGGAGGCAGCUGCUCCAAUGUGCAGCCGGACAGCUUCAAGUGUGACUGCCAGAAGGGCUACCACGGCGUGAGCUGCGAGAUCGUCGACGACACGUGGUGCGCCAACGGCGGCUCCGGGGUGGGGUCGCCCUCGGGCUUCAAGUGCCUCUGUGCCCUGGGAUGGACCGGAGCCAACUGCCACGAAGACAUUGACGAGUGCGCGUCGAGCCCUUGCGGUCAUGGAGGGACCUGUCUCAACCUGGUGAACGGGUUCAGCUGCACGUGCCCUCCACAGUGGACGGGGCACACCUGUCUCCUGGCGUCAACCUCGCUAAUCACAGGUGCAGAGGGAAGGACAGUGAACUAGACAAAUUGGGGUGGGGCUUAUCAUCAUUGGAGAUCCGGAGCCUGCGGGAUAAAUUCCACAUUCACAUGGCGGGGACCAAUCGCUUCAUCAACAGCCGCCGCUGAUUCACCAAAACAAGUUGCCUGCUUUGUCGACCCUCUGUGGGUGAUUAUGGGCUGACCCCUUUGCAGAUAUUUUCGCCUCGCAACUUUGCAACUUGAGUGCUUUGCGUGCUUGAAGGUGACGUUGGCGGUGGCUGCAAGUCGGCCUUUUCACAGAUCAGGACGAGUGCGAUGACAACCCUUGCGUUCACGCACGCUUCUGCAAGAACCUUUUCGGAGGCUACUACUGCGGUUGCCUGCCCGGGUGGACUAGACAGAAUUGUGACAUUGCUGUCAAUGACUGUGAGGGGAAGUGCUUAAAUGGAGGAGCAUGCAAGGACCUGACCGACGAUUACAGCUGCGAGUGCAAGCCGGGCUACACGGGCAGACGCUGCGAGACGGAGGCGGACAAGUGUGCUGCGAGCCCGUGCCUCAACGGCGGCCAGUGCAGGGACGCCGUCGAUUCCUACGACUGCGUUUGCACGGACGGCUUUGCCGGCGACAGCUGCCAACUGCACGUGGAAGUCUGCGUCCCGAACCCGUGCCAGAACGGGGCCCGGUGUGAGAACCUCCCCACGGGCGACUACUUCUGCCACUGCUCGGAGAACUUUGAAGGAACAAAUUGCACCCUGCUGAAGGACCAUUGCCUCACCUCGCCCUGCCAGGCAUGCAGCUUGUUGAACUUCUUUUGCACCGUGCAAUUACUUAAUGUGAAGGAGAAGAUUAUUCGGCGUGAAAAGACGGACCGGAAUGUGGGACACUCCGUCAUGCCCUGCACAGCGGCAGGACAGAAUGGUGUUCACCGUGAGUGGUGCGCUGGGCUUCCUGCUGCUGCUGGCCACGCUGCUCCUCUGCCUGUGCUGCAUGCGGAGGAUACGAAACCGCCGGUCACCUCACCUCGACAAGGUGAACAACAAGGACAAGGUCACGGAGCCGCUCGACAAGGUCGUAAUCUGCAACCCAAUCGGUGGCGGUGGCGGCGGUGGUGGCGGUCAGAACAACAAGCGGCUCGAGAAAAAUGUGUGCCUUAUGGGAAAAAUGUCAACACACAAAAUCGAGCUGGAGGAAAUGGACAAGCUCGGAUUUAACAAUAAAGCGACGCUGGGCUACGGCGCCGGAUCGCUGGCCACGCCCGAGGAGCAACCGCUGAAGUCGAAGUAAAAUGUGAAGAGACCUACGCACACACGAACGGCACGGGCGGAAGUAUCGUCCUGUACUGCACUGGCACAACAGAUCUUGGUGUCGUGAGCAGCAGCAGCAGCAACAGCAGCAGCAGCAGCAGUUACACGGACAUUGAUAACUGGACAGAAAUGCGUGCCGUGCCUUUUUUUUCCCUGACAGGAGGUAAUCGGGGGGUUCGUUCAGUUCCUUUUUCACCAUUUUCAGUAGCAGGCGUCGCUUCUGGCGAUCCACGCCUGUGUCUUCGCAACAGGCCCGAACCUUCGGUUAUGUCCCCCCUAUACACUCCCCGGCGUGGCCAGGCCCCCCCCCCUUCUAGAACCUUCGAGCAAGUUCCCGGAGCUUCCUGACUGACCCCGCUUUGACCUUUAACCCAGACACGCCCCCUUCUGGUUGUUUAUUAUAUAACGUGCCCAUCACCAUGCUUACCCCUCCUGGCUGGCUGGCAGGCAGCACCCUGUCAUUACACUCGUGCAUGAUCUGUGUUCUGUACUCUUUUCGUGGCCCCCUAUUCUUUCAGAGUGCUUCCAGCCACGGAACCCACAACUAAAUCCGCCGAGCCUGACGGAGAACAGUUUUAAUGCAAAACAGUGGACACACAACCUGUUGAGGGUGAGUGCAGUAGCCACUGUCUAGAAACCUGCUGCCCAUUUGGCAAUAUACAGUUGAGAAGUUCAUUGUUGAAACUUUAGUCGUUCCACUAAGCGCUCUAUCUUGGACUGAAGCUGGGUAUGUUUCACUGCGGUUUUGGAAGGGGACUGCUCUUUCAAGAAGCGCUGACUUAAUGUCACUGGAAGUGCAGGGUCAGUGACCUCAUAGCACCAGGAAUGGCUUGCUUGCUCAUUUGAUUCU